CCUGGUGCCACGCCACAACCCGGUUCUCGCUGGCUUUAAACAAAUAUUUAUCGCCGUCCGUCCACAUCCUUCUCUUCUCUCUCCUUACUUUGCUCAAAUUCAGGUGCAACCAUCUUGCUAACACCUAUCUCCGAAUCCUAAUAUUGUCGCGCGAACUUCCCCAUGGACUUUAUGCCUCGAUACGCCUAUAAAGUAACACGAACCUCCGCCUACUACACACACAUCAGUCGACCCAGACCCAAAACUAUACCCAAGUGACAGAAUUUUCAGCUAGACGAGGAUUACUUGCUGCACAGCUUUUGAUCAUUUGAUCGUUAUAAACUUGCCUAUAUUCAAAAUUUGCAAGUUUUCCUCGUCGAUUAACCUCAGUACUUUUUGCACAUUCGCAUUUACAAAACCACUUUUGGACUUAGCCAAGACUUCGGCAAAAUGAUGAACCACGCUCGAGUCAAGGCCCUCAAAGGCGACGGAAAGACCACAUCAAAGAAAGCCAUCAAGUCAGGUCGUGCUUCUGCUGGUUUGACUCCUCGAGGCUCUCCUUUCGCUUCGCUUCUUACGUCACCCGCGCAUUCCGCAGCCCCAAGCCGGGCUGCUUCUGACGAGAGUGAAGAUGACUUCGAAUACGACGAUACCAUGAGCGUUGCUUCCGGAAGCUCUCUAGUCGACACCAACGAAGACGGCACCAAUACAUUCGACGCCAAGCAGUUCAUGGAAGAACUUCAGGAUCGCAAGCACAACAAUAGCGAUGCGCGAACUCAACUGCUGGAACUCUACAUUAAGGUUUUGCGACAUCGAUUUGCUCCUGCCACCCACGAGUGGCUUGAUGAGUCGGCCAACGAACUCGCAGAGCUUUUCAUUCGUGGCGCCAACCGCGGCAUGGAAGCCAGAGAGCGACUACUUUACCUUCAGGCAUAUCUUCUGACUCUUAGUUCCUCAGAGGACGCCAACAUUUACGAACAUGCCGAAGGAACUCUCAAGCAGAUAAUUGCCGACGACGAUGAUGAGGAAUGCAAGGCUUUUGGCAUCUACGCAUUGUGCUUUACUGUGCUUUAUGGCGGCGGUGGUGAGACGGAGGCCCUUGAGCUGCUCGACUAUCUAUACGCUAUUGUUGAAUCCGAUGGAGACAAUAUUGAUUCCUAUGACAAUGGAUUUAUUGUUGCGGCUGCUCUUCGAGGUUGGGCCUUUGUUGCUAGCCAUGUGGACGACUUUUCAUAUGCCGCCACCAUGGCUUUGGAUGGAUUUUACGAACAGCUUGACAGCGUUGAUGUUGGUGUUCAAGCUCAGGCCGCUGCCUGCAUUGCACUCAUUUUUGAGGCGGCGCGCAACCAUGAGGAAGAGACAGGAGAAUCUUGGGAUCUUCCCGUCAACCCACAGAAGCUCACAGGUCGCAUGUCAGAGCUCGCCAAGCAGAGCUCCAAAUCAGUAUCAAAGAAGGAUCGCCGAGACCUUCGAGAUAGCUUGAUGAGUGCUAUCACCUCACUCGAGAAGGGUGUCGGACCAGGAUAUUCGUCAGCUGGCUAUACACCUCAGAAGGGCGAUAAGCGCCCAACCUCCAAGCCCAAUGAGGAUGGUGUCAUUGAAUUUGGAUACCGUCACAAACUUCGCCUCGGCAACUACGUCGCCGUGAUCGAUUCGUGGUCACUCUCUUCCAGAAUCGACAUGAUGAGGCUUCUGUUUGGAGGACACCUACAAAAGCACAUUUUUGACAACCCUGUCGUUGCUGAGUGUCUAAGUGACGCCGACUUUAGCGACCAGGGACCAGUUGCUAAGAAGUCCCCUAAGAAAUAAGACAACUGCAUUGCAUUGGGAAUUUUGAGGUUUGGGUGUUUUGCGGGUGUUUUGAUACAGACUUUAUACCUGGGGGAUUAUUACAUGGAGGGUUUCCAGAAGGGCAUAUGUUCUUGGCCGGUCUUCGACGAUAUUGUCGGAAUAGACGAAUGGAUGAUUGUGUUAAUGUGAUUUUCUGUCGCAUUCUUUCAAGCGGCGAUGUUUGAUGAGUUUAUUUUGCCUGACAUCUCUAUCAAUACAGCGUCUUCAAAGUCA